AUGACGGGAUACGAAAGUGAGGUGGAGGAGUUCCUGGGCGACCUGCCUCCUUCCACAAACAGAUACACCUACGAAGGGAAAGAGCAAUUCCAAAGAAUUUUGAAAAUUGAACAUGAGCGCCUAUGCAUAUUGCCCCGUGACCCUUCAAGUUUCGAUCCCACUCUCGAGAUAAACGAACACUUCCUUAUUUCCAUUGAUCCCUCCUCUUUCGAGCAAGACUUUCUUCUCCUUGAUCCAAUCACUGGUGAUCGUCUUUUUUACAACGCGGCCUUACACCUCCUUCUCCUCAGAAUGACAACGCCUGAACAUGCUCAAGUUGCCGGUGAAUUGCACGGUGCAGUCUUAAGAGCUUUGUUACCCAUGCAGCUUGAUAAAGCAAUUCAAGUAUAUGGAACAGUGAACGUUCCCGUCGGCAACGGAAACGUGAAACAGCCAGAUGGGGGCUGGGGCCCCAUUCGGCGUCCUCGUGGUGUCGCCAAUAGACCUGGGGUCGUCGUUGAGGUUGGCGUUUCUGAGUCUGAAAGAAAAUUGCGCAACAACGCAAGAAUGUGGGUGGAUCCCGACAGAGGCGAAGCAAAUAUGGCAAUCACCGUGAAGGUCAACCGAAAGAAGGCACAGAUCAAAAUCGACACUUGGGAAUGGGACUCGGGUGCCCAAAAUCCCCGUCCACGUGUCACCCAAGCCUGUGUGAUCGAAACGGCCGGAGAUAAGACCACAGUCUCGCAGUACCCACUUACAAUACCCUUCCAGCACAUCUUCCGACGAUCCCCAGAAAUCCCCAGAGAGACCGAUGUCCGGCUUGACAAGCAGUGCCUCACCGACAUGGCAACUUCGAUUUGGGCUGCCCAAGGGGCGUGA